CUUUCUUCCCGCUCAAAGAAACCAAACAAUGAGUUCCUCUCCCCCAUUCUUUUUCGUUCUUUCCACACUUUUCCUUUCUCUUCUUCCUCUUUCCUUCUCCUCCAACGACACCGAUGCCCUCACUCUCUUUCGCCGCCAAGCCGACACUCACGGCAGCCUCAUCACCAACUGGACCGGCCGCGACGCCUGUUCCUCCGCCUGGCGCGGCGUUGUUUGCUCCUCCACGGGUCGAGUCACCGCCCUUUCGCUCUCUUCCCUCUCCCUCCGUGGUCCCAUCACCGCCCUUUCCCUCCUCGACCAACUUCGAAUCCUUGACCUCCAAAACAACCGCUUGAACGGAACCGUUUCACCAUUGACUAACUGUUCCAACCUUAAACUCGUUUACCUUUCCGAUAAUGAUUUCUCAAGCGACAUCCCCCCGCAAAUAUCGCUUCUCAAUCGCCUGCUCCGCCUGGACUUAUCCAACAACAAUAUACGAGGCAACAUUCCUCGAGAAAUCUCCGGUUUGAAACGCCUCAUCACUCUACGGCUCCAAAACAAUGCAUUAACUGGCCAAAUCCCAGAUUUUUCUUCUUCCCUACGAAACUUAAAAGAGCUUAAUUUGACCAACAAUGAGUUUUACGGGAGGUUGUCCGGAAAUUUACUGAAGAAAUUCAGUGAAAAAAGCUUUAUAGGAAAUGAAGGGCUCUGCGGCCCAAAGCCAUUGCCGGUUUGUUCCUUUAUACGGUCUAAACCGGAGGAUUCAUCGACCCAGACCGUUCAAUCGAACCCGAGUUCAAUGCCGAGGACACCCAUCAUCGAACAAGACAAAAGCAAGGCACGUAAAGGGUUAAGCCCCGGUGGUAUAGCUGCAAUUGUACUAGCGAGUUGUGUGGUAUUUUUUGUGUUAGUUUCUUUUGCAGUGGCUUAUUUCUGUGGGAGAAACAGUGGAGAGAUUGUUUGGAAAGCUGGUAGUGACGGUGGAAACAGGAGGAGUGGAAGUAGCUAUGGGAGUGAAAAGAAAGUGCACGCAAAUGGUGGAGCCGAGCCUGACAGCGAUGGAACCAACGGAACGGUUAGGAGCAAGCUUGUGUUUUUCGAGAGAAGGAAACAGUUUGAGUUGGAGGAUUUGUUGAGAGCUUCAGCAGAAAUGCUUGGGAAAGGGAGUUUGGGAACAGUUUACAAAGCAGUUCUUGAUGAUGGGUGCACUGUCGCCGUCAAGAGGCUUAAAGAUGCGAAUCCAUGUCCCAGGAAAGAGUUUGAACAGUACAUGGAUGUGAUUGGGAAUGUUAAGCAUCCAAAUGUUGUGAAGCUGAGGGCUUACUAUUAUGCCAAGGAGGAGAAGCUUCUUGUUUAUGAUUAUCUCCCUAAUGGAAGCCUGCAUUCACUUCUUCAUGGAAACAGAGGACCGGGGAGGAUUCCAUUGGAUUGGACUACAAGGAUCAGCCUGAUGUUAGGCGCAGCCCGAGGAUUAGCAAGGAUUCAUGAAGAGUACAGCGCACCAAAAAUACCACAUGGAAACGUGAAAUCUUCCAAUGUGCUUCUCGACAAGAAUGGGGUUGCUUUGAUUUCUGAUUUUGGGUUGUCUUUGCUUUUAAACCCUGUUCAUGCUAUAGCAAGAUUGGGUGCAUAUCGGGCUCCUGAGCAAGCUGAAGUGAAGAGACUGUCUCAGAUGGCUGAUGUUUAUAGCUUUGGGGUCUUGUUGUUGGAAGUGCUUACAGGGAGAGCUCCUUCACAUCAUCCUUCACCAACACAGCCUCGAGUUGAGGACGAAGAAUCGGCGGUUGAUCUUCCGAAAUGGGUUCGGUCUGUCGUUAAAGAAGAGUGGACGGCAGAAGUGUUUGAUCAGGAGCUUUUGAGGUACAAAAACAUUGAGGAGGAACUGGUUUCAAUGCUUCAUGUGGGAUUGGCCUGUGUGGUUCCUCAGCCCGAAAAGCGGCCUUCGAUGGCGGAAGUGGCUAAAAUGAUCGAGGAUAUUAGAGUGGAACAGUCACCUCUAGGGGAAGAUUACGACGAAUCGCGCGAUUCGGUUACGGUUACGCCUUCCAUUGCCACCACUGAAGAUGGACUUGCCGGUUACUGAUCUUUUCAUUGCCAAAUGGUAAAUUAAUUUCUUCGUUUAAUCUGCAUGAUCUCUUGCUGCAAAUUUAUCGCUCUAUUCUGGUUCUUUCUUAGAUCCUAUCUGUUUGCUUCAUGUUUCUUUGUAAUAUUGUCUGC